GCUAAAUAAUUAUUAUUCACAGGAUCGGGAACAAAUAAGAAUUUUACAUCCUUUCAUCCUAAUUCCUAUGAUGCUUCAUCUUAAUCUUAGAAAAUAAUAGCCUUUUGAGUAUACCAUACGAAUAGCAAUUGCGAAUAACAAAUUAAAUUAAGAUUCUAGAAUUAUUUUUUAGGAGCUGAUCUAGCUCUAAUAUCUCCAGUUAAAUCAAUAGAAUUAGCAAUACAAACAGCUCUAGAACUUUUAGACAAUGAUGUUGUAGAAAUUUCUGAGGAAUUUUUACAAAAAAUUAUUUGAUAAUAUUUAAAGGCUUAAAAAAUGACAUAAUAAAAAGAUAAUGCUGUGAAUGU